GCCCCCCAGUCAGUGGCUCAGCUGCACAGAACCCCUUCGGUACACUCCGGUAGCAGACAUGAGGACCCUGACGAUCCUGCUGGCAGUGUUCGCUAUUGCUGUAGCCAGACCUCAAAUCCUUGAUGAUGUACCCAGUACGACGCCGCAAGUGCCAAACGUGAAGACAUCCGGAAGUGCAGACCUUGAGGACAGAUCCCUCAUCGACGUCCCGUCCAGCAACUUACCUUUCUUUCCGAACUCUUAUUACCCGUUUAACAUCGGCAAGAAUUCCCAGUCUGCUAUUUACGCUGCACCUAGCAGUCUUCCAAUCAGCAGCGCGGGCAUAAGUUUCCCAUUUGGUACACCUGUACUCUGUUUCCUUUCCGAUACCGGCGUCCCCACCACGUAUCCUCCUCUGAGCUCUGUUGUAACGAGUCCCCAAUAUGGUUUCCCAAUGAUAAACCCGGUUACUGGUUUGCAGACAGUUUUUGUCUCACCUGACAACGGCGGUUCCUUCGGCAACGUGAUGAAUGCUGCCCAAGAGGCAGUUAUGGUUAAUCGUUCUUCCAUCUAUGUCUUCGCUCCCGAAUAUCUGUCACUCAACGAUGUUCGUGAGGCUCCUGCAUCCAACACAGCGAGUAACACAGCCAAAGUGGGCGUCGACGCCUCUACCGCCGCUGCCACAGAAGCCGCCGCAGACGCCGUCGAGUCCGUAAGCCGAGAAUCGAACGCCGAGGCCAGACCUGUGUCUCUGCCACUUGGCCAGCCUGCAGACAGCCUCGCGUCUCGCAUCGCACUACGAAAUGCUGCUGCUCCUUUCAGCCUGUAUCCCAACAUCAUGUAUUUCGGUGGUGUCCCCGUGGGUGCUAGAAUCCAACAAGAUGCAGCAGCAAACAGCCCUUCACCAAACGUGAUCUAUUUUGGUGGUGUUCCUGUUCGUGUUCUGGGAGCUCCUUGA